ACCAAUCAGAGCGCGCGCGAGCUCGAGCGUCCAGCGCCUGCAGACUCUGAGCUGACUUCAGUCUGAUCUGAUGAACGGAGGCUGACUGGAAGACGACAUGACUGUCUCAUCUCUCCUUCACCAUGUCUCGCUUCACAACAGCUGUUUUUCUUCUGCUGUGCGCGAGUGUGUGCGGUCAGUGCGGGAAGAUGAAGCACAGCCUCAGGAGAACAUCUGAACAACAUCACAAACACGGAACUUCACUUUUCAAGAAGAUGCUGGAUGAAACUAAGACACAUCAGCUGAAAUCAGACCAUCUGCUGCGUGUUGAUGACCAUGACUUCACUAUGAGACCAGCGUUUGCGGGUCCAGCAGUACCAGUAGGUGUGGAUGUACAGGUAGAGAGUUUGGACAGUAUCUCAGAAGUAGAUAUGGACUUCACCAUGACGCUAUACCUGAGACACUACUGGAAGGACGAACGAUUGUCUUUUCCCAGUAAAACCAAUAAAAGCAUGACUUUUGAUGGUCGGUUAGUGAAGAAAAUCUGGGUUCCUGAUGUGUUCUUUGUUCAUUCCAAACGCUCCUUCAUCCACGACACCACCACGGAGAACAUCAUGAUCAGGGUAUAUCCUGACGGACAUGUGCUCUACAGCCUCAGGGUGACUGUAACUUCAGCAUGUAAUAUGGACUUCAGUCGCUUCCCACUGGACACGCAGACCUGCACACUAGAGCUGGAGAGCUAUGCUUACACUGAUGAAGACCUGAUGCUCUACUGGAAGAGUGGAGAUGAAUCACUGAGCACAGAUGACAAGAUCUCUCUGUCUCAGUUCCUCAUUCAGGAGUUUCACACCACCUCCAGACUGGCCUUCUACAGCAGCACAGGUUGGUACAAUCGCCUUUACAUCAACUUCACUCUGCGUCGUCACAUCUUCUUCUUCCUGCUUCAGACCUACUUUCCCGCCACUCUGAUGGUCAUGCUGUCAUGGGUGUCCUUCUGGAUCGACCGGCGAGCUGUUCCCGCACGAGUCUCAUUAGGCAUCACGACGGUGCUCACCAUGUCCACCAUCAUCACUGGAGUGAACGCCUCCAUGCCCAGAGUCUCCUACAUCAAAGCUGUGGACAUUUACCUGUGGGUCAGCUUCGUCUUCGUCUUUUUAUCAGUACUUGAGUAUGCUGCCGUAAACUACCUGACCACAGUGCAUGAUGGGACAGAUCGCAAAUCAAAGGAGAAGCCUUUACCUUGCACAUGUGACAUAUCUCAAGCAAGGACUAUGAUUCUGGAUGAAACAUACAGUAAGCCUGAUACUAAUGGCCUGACAGGAUACACACAGGCUCCUGUCUCCUCUGAGAAGGCUGCAGAUAAACAGGACCACAUGGUGGUGUGCCUGUCUUUGGCAAAUGAGGCCACAGCAGCCAAAAAGAAGAGCCUUCGAGGCUUCCGUAUCAUCCAAAACACUCACGUCAUUGAUGCCUACUCUCGCAUGAUCUUCCCAGGGGCCUUUAUAUUCUUCAAUCUUAUCUAUUGGUCUGUAUACUGCUGAAUUGCCUUACAAAGAGAUUGUGGUCGUAGCAUAUUGAAACACUUAUGUAUUAACAAAAGUAAAAGACAAUUGUUAUUUGUUAUAGAUUGAAAGGGACAGCACAGGUAAACAAGAUCAUGACAUAAUGCAUGUGCACUGUACACAUUGUAGGAUAAGACAAAAUGUAAUCUGAGAAUCCUAUUUGUUGAUUGCAUUUACUUUUUUUUAUUGUAUUACUUUUUAUUUCAAAAGUAAGUGGUACAUAUUCAGUCUGAAAUUACCUGGAGCUGAAUGAAUGUUACUGUACUGUAAAACAGUAGACACAGUCAUCAGAAUAGUUAUUACAUGUUCA